AUGAACUCAGAGGCUCAAUCCUAUAAUGAGAAGCUGAUGAAGCUGCUAUCCCACAUCCAGUCAAAAUUUCCAGGGAGCAAACUUGUAUAUACAGACACCUAUAAUCCACUAAUGGACACGAUUAGGCAUCCUCAAAGAUACGGAUUUGUGGAAACUACAAGAGGAUGUUGUGGAACUGGAUAUAUGGAAAGCGGAUGGCCAUCGUGUAAUCCUCUCACUCCUGUACAAGAAGAUGCUAAGAAAGUGUACUUGCCUCCAGAAACUGAGGCUGUGUUUGGAAAGCCAUUUUCCGUCGAAAAAUUGCUACGUUUUCCGUGA